AUGUCAAACAAGCCUAAUUCAUAUGAUACAGUCAACCAGAAUCUACCGCCAAUUCAAUAUCCCAAACGUAAGAGGAAAGGGCUAUUUACAAAGGAUAUAGAAAACAUACUUUAUGCUAUGGGAGAUACACCAUUUUCGCAUGAAUCUACAGUUAAUGCAGUUGAGGACAUAUUGAUUGAAUAUAUAGCAACACUUGCUACGCAAAUGGUUGAUCGCGCAGUUUCUCAGGGCCGUCGAAAUAGAAUCAAGUUGAAUGAUUUAGCAUUUGUCUUGCGGAACGACCCGUUAAAAUUGAGUCGUAUGUUGUAUAUUUUAGAGCAAAGCCACAAGAUUGAGAAGGCAAAGAAGAUGUUUGAUGAUGAGGCUCAGGAUGGUACUGGGAAGAAAAAGAGAGAUGACGAAUAUAGUGACGGCGAAAGCGACGAGGAUAUGCAUGGUGACGGUAUAGAGAAGGAAGAACCUGAACAACCAUUAGGUGAGGUUGUACUUGAUGCCGAGGGUAAUUUUGUACGCCAUAAGAGAAAGUAUAAAAAGAGAGCUGUUGAGUUGGAUGAGAAUGGCAAUCCUAUAAAGAAGAAGUAUAAAAAGAGGAAACCAAAGGAGGAAAAGUGA